UUUGCUAACCAUAGAUAGAGUGACAGAGCCCUCAUCACCAUCUACAAACCACCCAUUUACUGUUGUGCAAAUUAAAAAGAUCGAUCAUAUCAGCCAUGAAAAAUGCUUCUCUAUAACACCAUUAUUUCACCUCGCCAUCUUCACACCCACUUCACUCUCAAACCCACCACCCCCCGCCCCUACAAAACCCGCCUCGCCGUCGUAGCCCAGCAACAACAACCCCUAACCGCCGCCGCGAAAUUCUCCAUCUCCGAUGAGGAGCUCCAGUCCCGAGGCUUCAACCUCCACACCACCUUCACCGACCUCAACCUAGACCACCUCAACUCCGUGUUCGCCGCCGUGGGGUUCCCCCGGCGCGACACCGCCAAGAUUCAGGUGGCGUUGGAGCACACCGACGCGCUGCUGUGGGUGGAGCACCAGAAGGCUAAGCGGCCGGUGGCGUUUGCUCGAGCCACCGGCGACGGCGUCUUCAAUGCUAUCAUUUGGGAUGUGGUGGUGGACCCCAGCUUCCAAGGGAUUGGCCUCGGGAAGGCUGUGAUGGAGAGGAUCGUCACCAAGCUGUUGGAUAAGGGUAUUACUAACAUUGCCCUCUACUCGGAGCCCCGGGUUCUCGGGUUUUAUCGCUCCCUGGGUUUUGUAGCCGACCCGGAUGGCAUUAGGGGAAUGGUGUAUUCAAGAAAACAAAAAAAGAAAAGGUGAUUAAUUUUUAUUUUUUUUUUGAACCCCACAAUUGUACUCACCUCACAUUUCUGAUAUGUUACAAGCAAAGGUUUUUCGCAUUUUAUUUUAUUUUUGGAUUGAAAAACAACAAAUUUUUAGUAUACUUUUAAGUGACGAGGAAAA